AAAUGCAGCGUUAGCCCCCGCCGCAAGCAGGCGCAGCCAAGCUCCAGCAAAGCCAAAGCCGCCGCCACCGUCGAGACUGUCCGUCAUACUACUCGACCAAGGAAUGUUGACAGUCUACAAACGGCUGUUCACAGCUUGCUUAACACUCAACAUCCUCGCUUUAGUCCUCGCCGCCACCGGAAACUUCCCUUACGCGAGAAACAGAGCUGCUCUGUUUUCAAUAGCCAACAUCUUCGCUCUAACUCUCUGCCGGAGCGAGGCCUUUCUCUGGAUCAUAUUCUGGCUCGCCGUGAAACUUAUGGGGAGAUCAUUUAUCCCGAUCCCAAUCAAAAUCGCCGCGACGUCGUUUCUUCAGAGCUUGGGAGGAAUCCACAGCAGUUGCGGGGUUUCCUCUGUUUCCUAGCUCGUCUAUCCUAUGCUCUGUUUCUCACCCUGAAAAACAGAGCCGACACUUCCUCUGAAAUCAUAGCGAUAGCAUCCGCCAUUCUUUCCCUUCUCGGAUUCUCGUGCUUAGCAGCUUUCCCACUCGUCCGCCAUCUCCACCACAAUUUCUUCGAUCAAGUCCAUCGAUUCACCGGCUGGACGUCUCUCUGCCUUCUCUGGGCGUCUAUGUCACUCUCACAAUCACGUACGACAGAGCAACCAAAUCUUACAUCAACGAAUUGGGUUCGAAAUUAA